AUGCUAAGGAGAGUUCUUCAUUGUGACAAAUGGCAACGCCUCAUGGUGUUAAUUCCGCACAACGGUCAACUACCUCGCUCCGUUUUUUCUCGAUCAAUGUCUUCUACAUCUACUGAGGUACUGAAAGAGCUCAUCGCUCAUGCUACACAUCGAGAUGUUCGUCCUACAGAAGAUUGUCAAUCAGUUGAUCGAGUUCCCGACGUCCAUGUGACGGCUGUAGUUCAUCCAAAUGCAGAGCUGGGGCCGAAUGUGCUCGUUGGCCCUUAUUCUGUCAUUGGACCAAAUGUGGUGCUGGAAGCAAAUGUUUGUCUACAAAGUCACGUGGUGAUUGAUGGCAAAACUCGUGUCGGGAAUGGUACUCAGGUUCACUCCUUUGCAAGAUUAGGUGGAGAACCACAGGACAAGAAACACCGGAUAGUUGCAGAGCAAAAGGCAAAGGAGUGGACACUGACGAUUGGCAGCAAUUGUGUCAUCCGCGAGCAUGUGACGGCGCAUAGCAGUACAUCGUACUCACAACUACCAACAUCCAUUGGUGAUGAUUGCUGGCUGCUUUGUGGGGCACAUGUGGCACAUGAUUCACAGUUGGGGAGACGUGUUGUAGUCUCAAACAAUGUGUGUAUUGCUGGUCAUGUGUCUAUUGGGGACGGAGCUAUCAUUGGUGGACUAGUUGGGCUUAAGCAGCAUGUGAGUGUGGGUCCCCUAGCUAUGGUAGGCGCACAGAGUGCAGUGGAUGGUGACGUGCUACCGUACGGCUUGGUUGUGGGCAAUCGCGCCAAGCUUGCAGGACUGAAUCUCGUUGGCUUGCGUCGUGCCGGAGUGUCACAAAGCAAUAUCAAACUGAUGCUGCAGGUGUACCGCUAUAUAUUUGGCAGACAUGACAGCCAGAAGACGGGGUUUGCGCCUUCACUCGAUUUGACUUAUAGGGAAACAGUGGUUGAGCGUGCGAUUGAGGCAAAACAGUUUUUGCUUGAUGAAGGGCUGGACGCUGAUCGAGGACCCAUGGUACACGAGAUGAUGGACUUUGUCCUGACUUCGCCACAGCGCUUCCGUUCGUCUUUGUGCCACGCGGUGAUUGCCACUUCUUCACAUUAG